CUUUGACGGGGGAAAAUUUUGCAUAUUAGUGCAUUCCGCAACCAGGGUAGCGCAACGGAACGCCAACCGGACAUUUUGACUCCCGCAGAGCAUCGUAAGGGGGCGGGGCGGAAACCGUAUCCCGCACCGUCGCGCUGAACACAGAUAUUACCGGACUAACAUCCAGCACUUCCACCCCUAGCUAUCAGCGCCCAAAUUCACUCCCUCUAUCAUUUAGGAUAAAUCACCCAAUGUUACUUUUUGACUCCAGCCCCUGCCCUCGGACCUCGAAUAGAUACUACAUACACCUCCGCCUUCGAGAAUGGCGAGCCCCUCUCAGCAAGCCAACGGCACAUCCUCCAUAGAUCCAUACCAACAACUUCAUUCGUACUCAUUCACAGAAGACCCGGAAUUCAAACUCGGCCUCGCCGUCAUACUCCGUCAGCCAGGAACGCCAGCGACUGAUGAGCAGGUCAAUCGUACCGAUGACCUCGUCAUGAAAGCCAAAUGUUUCUACUUCUCCAGAAAACACUCCAUCCAGCCCCCUCUAGACCUCCUCGAAUACAAGGCCUGGCUACAAACGCACCCCGGCGAGUCUGAAUCUCAACCCCAACCCCAGCCCCAGCCCCAAGACCAACAGCUCCCCUCGGAGCCACCACAGUCCACGGCAGCGGGCCCCUGUUCCUCAGCCUCCGAGCAGCAACCACCACCACCACAAACAACAACGACGACGACAACGACAGCAGUAACACCUGCAAGUGAAGAAGAGCCUGCUUAUCCUUCCUCUUUCGCACACAUCGUCGAACUGAUCACAACAGGCCAACCGAUCCCCGGAAUCCAACAGAUCCCAGAUACAAUAUUAACGGGGCAGGAAGGUCCCACUACGGCUGCCCGGAGACGGAAGCCCUGGGAGAGACAAGGAGAACCUGGCGUACAAGGGGAGGAAUGCAAGGCACCCGAAGAAGCCUCGAGGGGAGAAGGACAAUGUCAUGAGCAAGAGGCGAAAGACGAGACGAAUUCCCGAGUUCUUCCAGGUCUCUCCUCGGAGCCGCUCCAGAACCCAUGAUGAUAAAUAUGAUUUUCCUUUUUGCUCCUACCAAUGGACAGGCUGGAU